UCAGGUUGCCCUGCUCUUGGCCACCCACCGUCACCUUUGCGCUCGAUCCUGGGCGCUUGUGAUGUUCGCGCGACUCACAGCCAUCGCGUCUCCUCUCACUGGCUCAACCAAGUCGUCCCCAAUUUCCAUUCACGACUCGGUGCCUUUCCCCGAUCGCAAAGUUUUGCAAGAAGAGAAACCGCUGCCCCCAACGCCCGGUUUGCGAUUCGCUCGCGCAGGCUCGUUGGAAUACACUGAAUACGACCAACAAGUGCCGCCGACGCCCGGUCUGAAACCCAGUCCUCCGAGCAUCGCUCAGCUCGCGCUUCCCUCACCGGAGGAAACUUCGCCAUCCAGCUCAUCAAAUACAUCGCAUGAACCUUCGAACUUGAAUGAGCUCGUUAAAUAUGGCGUCUCAUCACCCAAGCGUCCGAAUAGGCUGCGAAAGAAGGCCCCGCCGUCGAGCUAUCCGUUUUCCUUUAUUCCUGAUGACCCGUCACCGACUGUCAGCUUCCCAUACGCCUUUCACCGCUCCUCCCCCACCAGCCGUUCAAGCAGCUUCAUCUCUCCACCCAGCCGCUCGAUGUCUGUGAAUGGUAUUGCGCGGAUCACUCGCAAGCUCACGAAACGCCGACCUUCGUCGUCAGAGCCUACCGACGCGGCUGUUCCGGAUGAUCAAAACCCGCGUUUCGAAGAGGAUCAGCCGGGAAUCGCCCCUCUCCAGCGCCGAAGCACGUUCAACUUUGGUCUGGGACGUCGAAGAUCUUCAGUCACCACCAAUCUCGGAACGUACACGCAGAGCGAGGACGGUCACUAUUCAUUACCUCCCGUGAAGCGUGCAGGCCGUUCUGCGCUGAAUAUCCCCACGUUCCAGCUAUUCCAGACUACCCGACGUGAUUCCUGGCAUGCUCAGAGUGCUUCUCAGCCUAAUGUGCCAUCUUCACCCAGUGCCGUCGGUACCGACGCUCUAUCAGAAGUUCCGUGGACCGGUGUGGUGUCAAAGGCUUUGGACGUGCAGACUGAACGGAACGGUUGGAAAUCCACUUGGAGUCUGUCCCUGGAUGAUGGAGAACAUAUGCUCCGCCCCAAACCCCGUUUCACUCUUGGCGACGAAAGCGAAAGCCCGCGAAGUUCGAGUCCGACCCUCUCGUCUCGACCGCCUCUCCUCCGCAGACAUGCCGUUGUCACAGCCCCCAAGCGACGUUGGACGCUUGCCAUGGCGCUUACAGACGAAGGGAUCUCUGAUGAGCUCUUAGUUGAAAAGCUAGAAGCGCUGCGUUCACGAUCGCGAGUAGGGUCUGUUGUGGAAGCUGACGAUUGGGACAGUGUUUGGGCUGCUUACAACGACGAGCUCGAGGAAGAUGAUUCCCAACUGCCGUUGCCGACAUCGAAAGAGUUUGAUAACCCGAGUCUACCUCCCAUCCGCACAACAUCGAUGCCGGUGUUACCAAGCAGCACCACUGCGACAUGGCAGAGCGCCCGUCGUGCCCUGCUGACAUGCCGAGAGCUGGUGCGAACAGAGCGUCACUAUCUUUCGUCUCUGCAGACGCUAUUGACUGGUGGAACACGAAUGCGACCUCCUCCGUUGAUGCACGCCUACGCCGUCGGCCUUGCGGUCGAAAGUGCAGGCCUUUUACGACGAAUGGAAUCGGAUCCGAGUGCUUGGGGUGUCGCUGCCGCGUUCUUAGGAGCAGAGGAAUCGCUCGAGGCUGCGCUCGUUGCCUGGUGUGGUGUAGUGGGCGCUUGGUUCUCGGAUGAGAAAACCGAAUCGCGCACCUCCAAACGGCUAAGCAAGACGCGUGCUCCUGAUAGUUCAAUCAGUGAAUCGGCAGCGAAAGACGAAGAGCCGAGGCUGUCUUGGCGUCGAAGCAGUCUGACUGCUUCGAUUAGGACCCUGUCCAAACCCUCGGCCCCGCCUGACAUUCCGCCUGUUGUCCCUGCAGUUCCCUUGAAAGUGGCGAUACCCACUGCCGAGCAGUUGUCUGCGAUGACACCUUCCCCAUCCUCCUCAUCCAAGAAGUCGGGAAAAGAAAAAGAUCUGCGUCCGAACGUUCGAGACCUCGCGAUUGCGCCGACGCAGAGAGUUAUGCGCUAUGUGCUGUUAUAUCGAGACCUACUCGACCACACUCCAGCAUAUAGCGCAGCUCGACCGCUUGUCUCUCAAGCAUUGGAUACUGCCAUGAGAAUAGCCCAGCGGUGUGACCGUGCCCAGGGCAAUUCUGCCUUCCUCCGGGUUUGACCUGACACUUGAAACACUUUGUUCAUCUUCCACGCAUCUCCAGCACGAUAUAACAGUAUGCUCGAUACCCGCAUCACCACGUUUACGCCCAUGCAGCCUUGUAUCAUUAUUAAGCAUCGUGCAUUGACCGCAUCCCAGAAAACAUAAAUGCAUAACCCUUGACCCAUAUCACACGACUACAGCAAUACGAUACCUACACUUAUUGCUCAUUUAACUUACCCGCCUGUAACGCGAUUACGCUAGACACACACAUGACCAGUAACGCUUGAAAUGUACUUUUAGUGUACAUCUAAAUUUUGAUUUGCACAGAUGGAUAUUUCCGACGCGCUCAUCCUGUCACAGCGUGACAGCUCGCGUUGCACCUAGACCAUGUCGGGUCCACCUAGCUAUUUGACGAACCUCUUCGCGCCAAAUGAAUCAGAGGCCAUGCAAAUACGCCCACGUGUGACUCUUACAUUUGCGCAGUCGUUGGAUGCCAAGAUCGCUGGUGCACUCGGCGCACAGCUCAUCCUGAGCGGUAAGGAGAGUAUGGUUAUGACGCAUUGGCUUCGAACCAUGCACGAUGGCAUCCUCGUUGGUAUUGGCACCGCCCUCAACGACGAUCCCCAACUGAACACCCUCGCACUGUAGCGCGGCAUCUUCCUCCUGCUGCUGCACCCUAUCAUCUCCCGCGUCCGAUCAUACUGGAUUCGAAUCUGCGGCUCAAGCCGAUGUGUAAGUUGCUGCGUAAUUUCGCGGCGGGAAGUGGACGCCGUCCGUGGAUCAUCGCCGUGGAAGCGGCAGGGGACCCCGAAUGGAAUGAAAGACGAGAUGCAUUAGAAACCACCGGGGCGAGGGUUCUCGUGCUGCCUGCGGGAACGACACAAUCUGCGCGAGUGCCCGCGUUGCUACAUCUCCUGGGAACGGAGGGCAUUCAGACACUCAUGGUCGAAGGCGGGGCAACAGUGAUUGGCGCGUUUUUGGCCGCAGAGCAGUGCGUCGACACUUUGUUGAUUACGACGGCUCCUGUGCUUGUGGGCCCAGCUGGUGUAAGCUAUAACUCUCCUGCUGGUGUGAUGUCCCAGGACGGGUUUCGUAUGGUAGAGACGCGGAUGGUGGGAUUAGAUAGCGUUGUCGUUAUGAGUAGAUCAACUCGCCGCCCUUGAGAUAGUGCAAGCAUGAUUUUUACGUCUCCUCAAGAGUAAAAGCAUGUUGGCGCCGCUUGCUGGGAGAGCGCAUGCUUUCGGGCGACUGCGGACGAAGCAUGGAGUGAUCAUGUGAUCGCGUUGUCCUCGUUUCUUGAAUUUUGUUCCCUCACAGCGACUCGUGUAUUGAACGUAUGAAUUCUUCUCUAUUACCCUCUCUAUAUAAAAUCGUCCGGCGAGGCACAGUGCUGACCACGGCAUCUACGCUCCAGAUGCGGCCGGAGGGCGACGGAUCAAACAUGGCAACAGCCGGUUUCACAUAGUUCUCUCCUCACGUCGGUGACGAAGGCUUCACGAAUUGCUUCGCUGUCUCGAGGAGCGACAAGCAUCAAUUUCCACGACCUCAUCUUAUCACGUCAGGCACUUUACUGCUUCAUCGCACCGCCUUGGCUGUGCCUAUCUCACCAUUUUGGCUCGUGCAUUCAAGGAAGGACGCUCAGUGAGCGCCUAGACUGCUUAAGAGCGACUACAAGCUCCGAUUAACGGAGGCAAUCGCCAUCCUCACCCUCGGUAUACCGCAGGACGCGUUUAUCACGACUGGACGAUGCCAGCAAAGUACUCGCACGUUAAAAAGGCCGCCGCAGCCGGAGCACUCAAAAAGUCAUCCCACGCGAAAUCGGGACAGACCCGCAGCGGCGUGCCGCCGAACCCGCACGCGGACCGGAGCAUCUCGAAGGCUAUGACGGCGGUGUCCAAGCUCGAGCGCGCCAUCGCGCGGAUACUGCUGAUCCGGUACGAGCAGGACAUCGCGCGGCUGUUCUCGACGCGGCUGUACAGCAUCGCCCUCGUGCACCUUCCGACGUUCGUGAUGCGGUGCGUGGCGCUCGGUGGGCCGGGAUGGGUAGCAUACAAUGCGGACGCGGACGAAGUGAAGGAUUUCUUCCGGUCGGUGAUCAGCAUGGAUAUGCGCCAAGCGGGGGAACGCGUCGCGACGAAGAGUGUGUUGUGGUCGUACACGGCGUUGAGGCAUUUUGCCCUUUCUAAUAAUAUUCCGAUAUGUAAACGACGGGGGCUGCAUUCUAUGCAUCUGCUGCCGCAUUACGAUGGGCUGAAGACACAUCUUGAUGCCCUGGAAGCUUUUCCUCCACCCUCGUUCUGCAAGCCACCUCAUCUGGGCUCGCUGAAAGAAGGACAGGACGCAUUGGAGGAGGCCUGCGAACUCAAAUACACUCAGACGUUAUGGAGGGUCGCACGCGAAUUCGAUGUGCAUGGCUACGGCGUGGUUUUGCGUGAAAAGUUGACCCAUAAGUGGUGCGACUGCGGAUGCUCGACGGAUCAUCUGGGGGAGGUCUGUGAGCGAACGGUGCGAGAGGAUGAAGAGGAGAGUGGCGUCCGUCCCGGCAAACAAAGGGAAUGGGACGGUCGCGGGAGCGGUGUCUUUGGAUGGGAAACCGAAGAGGAGGAAGAUGUCUGGGAGUUGGGGUUGGACUUUGGGGGCGUUGAGCCAGAGGACUGUUUCGACGGUCCCGAAAGCGACAUGUCGGUCGGUGAGCUGAUGGAAUGGAGGUAUAUCAAGGCCGAACGACAGAAGGAGGAGGGCAACACAGCUUUCCGGAAGGGUGAUUAUGUUGCUGCAGUGAAGCAUUAUGAAGCCGCCUACGAAAUAGAGCCGGAGCUUCCUCACUAUCAACUCAAUCUAGCGGCCGCGCAUUUGAAGCUAAGCAAUUGGAUGGCCGCUGAGGCUGCUUGCUCUAAAGCAUUGUCCCAACAUCAUAGCUGUAAAGGAUAUUUCCGUCGAGCCCGUGCAAGGAAGAUGCUUGGCCGCCACGAUGAAGCUAUUCGAGGUAGCAGUCUUUCUUCCCACUCAGUAUGCGACUCGCUCACGAUACUCUUGCAAGAUUUGCGCGCAAUCAUCAAACUGCAGCCUAAUAAUAGCGAGGCUAUCCAAGAGCUAAUAUCCCUGCUCCCUCCACCGUCCAGAGCUCAGAGAUCCUCCGCGAAAUCACCCGAAUCGUCACAAAGCUCAGCAGCAGCAGCAGAGCUGUACGACAGACUGGGUGUGGGCAAGCACAAGCCCGCGAAACCACUCCCCUUUCCUCGCACGCUGUUGGACGAUCGCAAACUCAAGGUCGUGACCGUGCCGAUGCCGGCGACCGACACCCCCUUGGGAUUCUGUCAUCAUCAGCACAGUCAUACGUGCAGCGGUCACCAUCAUCAUUCUGCGAGGGACAAGGGAAAGGGGAAGAGCACGAGCAUCAAUCCAGCCGCGGCGGGGAUGGGCACUGCCACGCGACGGGAAAAGGAGCAGGCACUCGAGACAGAAAUGCUCAAGGUCCUCGAGGCUAUGAAGGUGGAUGGGAUGACCACCGUCUUGGUUCCAAGCUGGGACCGCUAUGUCAUCCGUCGGGCGGAAUUCUAG